AUGACGCAGAUGCGUUUACAAACAGCAGCUGAUGCGGUCAGGUGCAAGACCUUCCCAAUGUUUCUAGAAGGAAGGGCCCGGCAGUGGUUCCAGGGACUUCCCCCUAGGUCGAUCAGUUCUUUCACCCAGCUCGCGCGACUGUUCUCAGCCCAGUUCGUUUCCUCACGUGCUUUCUCCAAAAGCACCGCUCACCUUAUGACUAUUCAACAAAAGGUUGAGGAAUCACUGCGCGAGUACAUGGUGCGAUUCAAUAAUGAAUCCCUCCAGGUCCGCGACCGCGAUGACAAGGUGGUCAUGGCCGCCUUCAUUAACGGGCUACGGAAACAGAAGCUCUACACUGAGCUCGUGGAGCGACCUCCCAAAUCAGUCCGGGAGAUGCUAGACCGAGCUCAUGAGAAGGCCAACGCGGAGGAAGCCAAUCGCCUUAAGAGUGCACAAGAAAAAUUGAGAGAUGACAAGCGCAGGAAGGGCGCCGACCAGGUGGAGGCACGGCCUGGCCAGGGAAGGAAGAGUGCUUAUGACCGCCUCCCCAGGAGCCGCCCAAUGGGAGGGGACAAGUCCUGGACUGGCCUCACGGCACCCCGAGCUCGAGUGCUCGCAGUAAUGGAGGCAGGAGGGGCUCUCUCGACCUCCUCGGCCUUUGGCCGGGGACAAAAGCAGACGGGACCAAGGUCUGUAUUGCGCUUAUCAUCGAGAUGUGGGGCACGAUACGGAGGACUGCCGUCACCUCAAGAAAGACAUUGA